GUCUGCCCCAACUUCAUUAACGUACGGAACUUUCAUCCUACAUCCUUACCAGCAUCCAAACCCAUUUACUUUGAGCUCUCCUUGUAGGAACAACUCAUGAUUGACCACCCUGAAGUCCCGAAACCACACAUGCGCAGACGGUUGCUAGAAUGUCGACGGGCCUUCCUCAAGUUGUCUCGGGAACUCGAACAAACAUCUUCGCGUUUCAAACACAAAUUGACCAAUUAUGUCGUGUCGAGGAAAGGCAAACCGAAAACGGACCCUGUAUCCAAAAAUGAACGUAGACGAGUAUUAAGGAAAAAGGUCACAGAAUUUCAUGACUGUUUAUGGGAUAAAGUUUUGACGGAAGAGACCAAUGAACAGAAAUACAGAGACACUUUGGACGGCGUUGAGUGCGGCUGCUGUUUCUCGCCAUACCCUUUCAUCCGUGACAACCUGAUCCAAUGCCCGGACGCUCAUCUAUUCUGCAAAUCUUGCAUGACGUCCUACUCGUCUAUCCUUCUAGGCGAACACAAUCCUAACAUCGUUUGUAUGGACCAAUCCGGUUGUAAACUCCCCUUCUCAGAAUCCGAACUCAAGCGUUUCUUAUCCUCUAAGAUGCUUGAGCUAUUUGAACGCGUCAAGCAACGCAAAGAAAUCGAGGCAGCAGGACUGGAGAAUUUGGAAGAAUGUCCAUCUUGCGAGUACAAAUGUAUGAUCGAAAACGAGGUGGAGAAGUUGUUUAGAUGUGAGAACGUGGAGUGCGGUGCUGUGACGUGCAGAGGUUGUAAGAAGCCGGAGCAUCUUCCGAAGAGCUGCAAGGAAGUUGAAGACCAGCAUCUCCAUGUACAACAUCACGUCGAGGAAGCCAUGACCCGAGCCCUCAUGCGCAAUUGUCCAAAAUGCCAAAGAGCGUUUGUUAAGGAAGAGGGUUGCAACAAAAUGACCUGUCCAUAUUGCUACACCGCGUCCUGUUAUGAAUGUCGUCGAAUCAUCGACGGGUAUGGCCACUUUGAUCGGGUGGAUCCUUUUAUUAUCCGUCAUUGUUCCAUUCAUUAACCCAUCUCUCCCCGCUUCUUAUUGGGUCAACAG